CAGACUGCAGGUUGGAGAGGACACUGAAGCUUCUCUUGAGGAUCUGAGCGAUUGUUCCUCAGACUCUAUGGAAGUGUGCUGUGAGGAUUUAGAUCCCGAGUCUCAAAGGAAACGGACGGUUCAGAAUGUCCUGGAUCUCAGACAGAACCUGGAGGAAACCAUGUCCAGCCUGCGAGGGACUCAGCUCAGCCAGAGUUGUCUGGACAGCAGCGUCUGCUACGAUAGCGAUGAAACCAAUGCUCGUAGCAUCUCCAGCCUCUCCAACCGCUCCUCUCCUCUCUCCUGGCGCCAUGGACAGUCCAGUCCUCGUCUGCAAGCCGGCGACGCUCCUUCCUCAACGGGCAGCCGCUAUGUGUCGGGCAGCAAGGCCUCGUCUCAGUACACCUCUCACACCAUGCCUGCCCGCUGCUCCAGCCGGCUCAGCCACACGUCACGUAGCGAGUUCAUCGAAGGCUUGGAUGCCGGAGACAGCGACCUCAAGUCUGGUUACCUGAGUGAUUCUGAUGUACUAUGCAAGAGCCUUAAUGACGACGACGACGAUGACGACAAUCUGGCCAAUGGUUGGGACGAGAGCAGCUCCAUCAGCAGCGGUUUGAGUGAUGGUUCAGAGGAACUCAACGCCAGCUCAUCUCUCAACUCCCUCCCCAGCACACCUGUCGGCUCGCGACGCAACUCCUCCGUCAUGUUGCGGACAGAUGCAGAGAAGCGCUCUCUGGUGGAGAGUGGACUGGCGUGGUACAGCGAGGACAGCAAGUCCUUACGGACAGCUGAUGGAGUUUAUGACACAGGCAGCCUAAAAUCAGAGCCUUCCAGCAAGUGGAGGAAAACUCGGCUACCGGAUGGUUCUGCGCAGGACAAGACAGGGAAAGGAGAACUGAAGAAGCCUCAGAGUCUAGGACAACCUGGGAGCUUCAAAAAGAGCCGCAAUCCUCCUGUGGGCGUCACCUCUCCCAUCACACACACUUCACAAAGUGUGCUAAAAGUUGCAGUUUCUAAAGGAGACACUAAGGCAGUUGACAAGGUGAAAAUGUCCGUCAAGGCAACGAGUCUCCAGCGUUCCCGCUCCGAUGCGGGCCGGGACAACGAGCACCGCAAGCCUCCCUCAGGUCUGGUCAAACCCUCCGCCGGAGCCUCCCUCGGUUACAAGAAACCUCCGACCACCGGAACCGCCACCGUCCUGACAGCAGGAGGCGCCACUAUCACCAGCGGCUCGGCCACUGUGGGCAAGACCCCCAAGUCCUCGGGCAUCCCCAUCAAACCCGUCCCAGGCGGAGGCGGACGCAAAAACAGCCUGGACGCCAGUGGCUCCGAACAGGGUUUCCUGGCGCCCAACGCUCGCGGGAGCAUUCAAUAUCGCAGUCUGCCACGGCCUGCCAAAUCCAGCACUAUGAGCUUGACUGGACGCCCUUCCUCUCGCCCUGUUAGCGGCAGCAUCGACGUCUGUCUCCUCACCCUCAAACCCGUACCGCCUCUGUCCAACACCAUGCCCACCAGAGGAAGAGAUGGAGGAGGCUUGAAAGCGGCUAGUCGCCCGAGCACCACCGGACCCGUCAACCAAACGGACCGAGAGAAGGAGAAGGAGAGGGCCAAGGCCAAAGCCGACCUGGAGAUCAGCUGUCUGAAGGCGGAGAACCAGAGCGACAGCUGUGGAGAGACUGUGGAGAAGAUCCACCGAGUGCGGAGGACGAGCACGAGUAAAUACCCAGAACUGUGCUCUCCGACCAGCACGCCAAGGUUGUUGAGCAGUAAGUCUCUAGUUCAUCCUCCCAGUCUGGCUCAUCUAGACAAGCUCAACUCCAACAGUCUGGACUCCUGUAUCACCAUCCAUGACCUUCCUCCAAAGAUCCCUCCCUACUCCAAGCUGCAGGACCUGGCGUGCUCCCGCGUGUCCCCUCGACUCACCCCGAGCCCCGCGCCGGUGCUCCACAUCGACUCUCCCAGCUGUUUCUCAGGCCAGACGCUGUCGGUCAGCAGCUCCCCCAUCCUCUACCCCAAGAUGUCCGGCCUGCACCGCAGCAUGGAGUCGCUGCCGCUUCACAUGAGCGUCCCCACCAAACCGGAUCUGGGAGAGCGGGACGAAGCCAGGAGUACUGGGACGUGGGGCGCAGGCAGCCGGACGUCCAUCACUUUGGGCAACAGUUUACAAACUGAUAGGAACACCUUUCCCAAGAAAGAAUUAAGUCGCUAUGGCAGCGGCCAAUCAGAGGGAGAAGUGAAGGAACGUCGUCAUUCCCACACGAUCACGAGCAUGACGGAUUCGGAGAGCCCACCGCAGCUGCCCUCGCCGACACACGUGACACAGCCCUUCCUGGGAAAAACACCGCCGACCAACGUGGUGGCACCAAUCCCGAGUUCAGGCUCCGGUUCCCAGAUCACACGCUCCAACAGCAUCCCGGCGAAUGACAUGGGCUACGAGCUGUACGGCACAUCUCCUCUGGGCAGCUCUCUGUCUCUGGCCGACCGACCAAAGAGCAUGAUGAGAUCUGGAUCCUUCAGAGAGCCGAGUGAAGACGUUCAUGGAUCUGUGCUGUCUCUGGCCUCAAAUGCCUCAUCCAACUAUUCGUCAACUGAAGAGAGAAUGCAAGGAGAGCAAAUCCGGAUACUGAGGCGUGAGCUGGAGUCAUCUCACGAUAAAGUGACCAAUCUGACCAACCAACUCUCAGCAAAUGCUAACCUGGUGGCGGCGUUUGAGCAGAGUCUGGCCCUCAUGACGGCGCGCCUGCAGAGUCUGUCAGUCACUUCUGAGCAGAAGGAUUCUGAGCUACAGGACAUGAGGGAAACCAUAGAAGUCCUAAAGGUCAAGAACACAGAAGCCCAGUCCAUCAUUCAAGGGGCCCUCAGUGUCCCCGAAACCACACCCAAAGAGCUGCAGAUCGACCGGCAGAACUCGUCAGAGAGCAUCUCCAGUCUGAACAGCAUCACCAGUCACUCCAGCGCCGGCAGCCUGAAGGAACAGGAGGCCAAGAAGAAGAAGAAGAAGAGCUGGGUCUAUGAGCUGAGGAGCUCCUUCAACAAGGCCUUCAGUAAAAAGGGAUCCAAAGCACCAUACGCAGAUAUAGAGGAGAUCGCAACGCCGGUCACAUCCGCCCCGUCUUCACCCCAAAUCCAACAUCAUGUGGAUAACGCCUCUGCAAAGGCCUCGACUUCAACAUCGGGAUCGUGCGAGGGCCGUGAGGACACUGAGAACGAAGAGAAAGGGGUGUCAGAGUUACGCUCGGAACUGUGGGAGAAAGAGCGCAAGCUGACGGACAUCCGUUUGGAGGCGCUGAGCUCCGCCCAUCAGCUGGAGCAGCUGCAGGAGGCCAUGACCAACAUGCAGAUGACGGUGGAAAACCUGAAGGCGGAGAAUGACCAGCUGAAGACGAGUGGCCCCUCCUCCAGACCGCCGAGCUCCACCUCCCAGUCCUCUGGACUCGGUUCAUUGGUCGUCUCAUCACCACGGCAAUCGGUGUCGUCUUUCGGCAAAACCGGCAUGGGACAAAAUGAGCCUUACCCAGAUGUCUUUCAAAGCCCCACCACGACAUUGCAGAAGGACCAAAGUCUCGUCAGAGUGUUGGUUCGCAUACCCAAUCAGCAUCUAUUCAAAGACAUGACGGUGGAAAACCUGAAGGCGGAGAAUGACCAGCUGAAGACGAGUGGCCCCUCCUCCAGACCGCCGAGCUCCACCUCCCAGUCCUCUGGACUCGGUUCAUUGGUCGUCUCAUCACCACGGCAAUCGGUGUCGUCUUUCGGCAAAACCGGCAUGGGACAAAAUGAGCCUUACCCAGAUGUCUUUCAAAGCCCCACCACGACAUUGCAGAAGGACCAAAGUCUCGUCAGAGUGUUGGUUCGCAUACCCAAUCAGCAUCUAUUCAAAGACGAGGUGAAACAGCUGGAGUUUUUCAUUGGCACGGUUAAAAUCAGCGGACGGACUGACUGGUUUUCUCUGGACUCUGUAGUUAUCCAGGCUUUUAAAGAGUAUUUAGCGGUGGUGGACCCCGGCUCCAGUCUCGGUCUCUCUCAGGACUCCAUCUACAGCUACAGCCUAAGCCACGUGAAGAGGGUUGUCCUAGUUAAUCUGAUAUAUGACCCCGGGGAUCAGGGCCGUUACCCAGACUCCUCUGGGCUUGGUCUAGGACUGAAGGAGAAGUGUGUGGACGUUCUGGUGUUUGAGUCGCUCAUCCCCAAGCCCAUGAUGCAGCAUUACAUCAGUCUGCUGCUCAAGCACCGGCGCUUGAUCUUAUCGGGCCCCAGCGGCACAGGGAAGACCUACCUCACCAACCGCCUUGCCGAGUACCUGGUGGAGCGCAGCGCUCGAGAGGUUACACCCGCCAUCACCACCACCUUCAACAUGCACCGCCAGUCCUGCAAGGACCUUCAGCUCUAUCUGGCCGAUCUGGCCAAUCAGAUCGAUCGGGAGAGCAGCACGGCUGAGAUCCCAUUGGUUGUCAUCUUGGAUGAUGUGCAUGAUGCAACAUCCCUCAGUGAACUUGUUAAUGGUGCUUUAACCUGUAAAUAUCAUAAAUGUCCAUAUAUAAUAGGGACAACCAAUCAGCCAGUGAAGAUGACCCCUAACCAUGGCCUACACCUCAGCUUCAGGAUGGUGAUGUUUUCCAAUAACGUCGAGCCAGCAAACGGAUUCCUGGUACGCUACCUGCACAGAAAGCUAAUGGAGGCUGAAGAUCCCAGGAGUGUGAAGAAUGAAGAUCUGCUGCGGGUGCUGGACUGGGUGCCCAGACUCUGGUACCACCUUCACACCUUCCUGGAGAAACACAGCACCUCUGAUUUCCUCAUUGGUCCCUGCUUCUUCUUGUCCUGUCCAGUAACUGUAGAUGAAUUCCGCACGUGGUUUAUCGAUCUUUGGAAUCACUCAAUCAUCCCGUACCUGCAGGAAGGAGCCAAAGAUGGCAUUAAGGUUCACGGGCAGAAGUCGGUGUGGGAGGAUCCGGUGGAGUGGGUCAGAGGAUCUCUGCCCUGGCCGUCUGCUCAGCAAGACCAGGCCAAACUCUUCCACCUGCCUCCCCCGAGCACAGGCCCCGGCAGCCCCAGCCAGCCAGGAGACGAUCGGCCACAUAAAGAGACGCCGCCCAGCUCCGUUGAGUCAGAUCCACUGAUGGCUAUGCUGUUAAAACUACAAGAGGCUGCCAAUUACAUCGAGUCACCAGAGAAAGAAACCGAUCCAAAACUCCCUCCUCUCUGAACAUCUCCUCCAUCUCUCCUGCCGCCCAUGUCCAGGUCCAAACUCCGUCACCUGCAGAUGACACUGUACUGUUACUAUAAAUGCUGUUAGUGCAUUUCACCCACUCUUUUAUUAUAUUAUUCAUCCCACCUUGUUUAUUUCAGU